AUGCCAGGGCGUCUCAGGGAAGAGAUGGAAGAAAUCACCCAGCAGCAGCUGGUGCACGACAAAUACUGCAAGGACCUUUUGGGCUUCGGCACCAAGCCCCGUCACGUCACCCCCUUCUCCAGCUUCCAGUCGGUACAGCCCCAACAGUGCAACGCCCUGAUUGGACUUCUGGGCUACAGCCCCCACUCGGGAAUCCUGGGAUUUGGGGCGUUACCGGUCCCGGCCAAGUCAACCUUGGUGGAGAGCCGAUGCUGCCGAGAGCUGAUGGAGGAGAAGUUUGACCAGGUGUGCUACUGGGUCCUGAAGUGCCGAAGCAGCAAGAACACUUUGAUUCAAAUGACUGUCCUCAGCUUAUUGCCACGACUGGCCGCUUUCCGCCCUUCUGCUUUCACAGCUGACCACUACCUUCCCGACACCAUGAGCCACGUCUUGAGCUGCGUGAAGAAGGAAAAAGAGCGGACGGCUGCUUUCCAAGCCCUGGGUUUGCUCUCUGUAGCCGUGCGGUCAGAGUUCCAGGUUUACCUGCCCAAGGUUCUCGAAAUUAUCAAGGGGGCCCUCCCGUUGAAGGACUUCACCCACAAGAGACAGAAAUCCAUGCAGGUGGAUGCCACUGUUUUUACCUGCAUCAGCAUGCUGGCACGAGCAAUGGGUCCCUCCAUUCAGCAAGACAUCAAAGAACUUCUGGAGCCCAUGUUGGCUGUGGGGCUGAGCCCUGCGCUGACCGCUGUCCUGUACGACCUGAGUCGCCAGAUCCCACAGCUGAAGAAAGAGAUCCAGGACGGGUUGCUGAAGAUGCUGUCCCUCGUGCUGAUGCAUCGCCCGCUGCGCCACCCGGGCAUGCCGAAAGGCCUCGCCCACCAGCUGGCUUCUCCCAGCCUCACCAACAUUCCCGAGGCCAACGACGUGGCCAGCAUCACGCUCGCCCUCCGCACCCUGGGCAGUUUCGAGUUUGAAGGGCAUUCCUUGACUCAGUUCGUCCGGCACUGCGCGGAUCACUUCCUGAACAGCGAGCACAAGGAAGUGCGCAUGGAAGCAGCCCGGACGUGCUCCCGCUUACUCACGCCUUCCAUUCACCUGAUCAGUGGCCACGCCCACGUGGUCAGCCAGACGGCGGUCCAAGUGGUGGCUGAUGUCCUCAGCAAGCUCUUGGUGGUCGGCAUCACGGACCCCGACCCCGACAUCCGGUUCUGCGUGCUGGCGUCCUUGGACGAGCGCUUUGACGCCCACCUGGCCCAGGCGGAGAACUUGCAAGCGCUUUUUGUCGCUCUGAACGACCAGGUGUUUGAGAUCCGGGAGCUGGCCAUUUGUACCGUGGGCCGGCUGAGCAGCAUGAAUCCGGCUUUUGUCAUGCCGUUCCUCCGGAAAAUGCUAAUUCAGAUCCUGACCGAGCUGGAGCACAGUGGCGUGGGCAGAAUCAAAGAGCAGAGUGCCAGGAUGUUGGGACACUUGGUAUCCAAUGCCCCACGGCUCAUUCGCCCCUAUAUGGAACCCAUCCUCAAGGCGUUAAUCGUGAAGCUGAAAGACCCAGAUCCUGAUCCAAACCCCGGCGUGAUCAAUAACGUCUUGGCUACCAUCGGUGAACUGGCCCAGGUGAGCGGGCUGGAGAUGCGCAAGUGGGUGGAUGAGCUGUUCAUCAUCAUCAUGGACAUGCUCCAGGACUCCUCCUUGCUGGCCAAAAGACAGGUGGCUUUGUGGACCCUGGGACAGCUGGUAGCCAGCACCGGCUACGUGGUGGAACCCUAUAGGAAGUACCCCACUCUCCUGGAGGUGCUGCUGAACUUCUUGAAAACAGAGCAGAACCAGGGUACCCGAAGAGAGGCUAUUCGUGUCCUUGGCCUCUUGGGAGCUCUGGACCCAUAUAAACAUAAGGUGAACAUCGGUAUGAUAGACCAGUCCAGGGAUGCUUCGGCUGUGAGCCUCUCCGAAUCUAAAUCCAGCCAGGAUUCUUCUGACUACAGCACCAGUGAGAUGCUGGUUAACAUGGGAAACCUCCCCCUGGACGAGUUCUACCCGGCAGUCUCCAUGGUGGCCCUCAUGAGGAUCUUCCGGGACCAGUCCUUGUCCCAUCACCACACCAUGGUGGUCCAGGCCAUCACCUUUAUUUUCAAAUCCCUUGGCCUGAAGUGUGUGCAGUUCCUGCCUCAAGUGAUGCCGACUUUCCUCAACGUCAUCCGGGUUUGCGAUGGGGCCAUCCGGGAGUUCCUUUUCCAGCAGCUGGGAAUGCUGGUGUCUUUCGUGAGAAGCCACAUCCGACCUUACAUGGAUGAAAUUGUUACUCUCAUGAGA